AGUUCCAGGCUGGAAGCACGAGUUUUGGCAGAGUGCUCUUGUCUAGAAGACCACGGGGAACUGAGGGGAAGAAUAAGGAGCAGGGUGGAAGCUUGAAUAGUGGUGGAGGGAUGGGAAAAAGGAAGCCAGGCUGGCCCAGAAAACACGCUGCUGGAAAAAGCUUUCCCCAGGACGGAGCAGGGCGCAGCUGCCGGGAGUGGGGGGGCUCCUCGGGCUUAGAGCGCGGUAUGGCAGGAGGCCGCGAGAUAAGAAUGGAAGGAGGAGACUAACUGGAGCAGCAUGAAGCGCUGCAAAGAGCCGCAACGAGGGAAGAGGAAGCGCUCUGCAAGCGGGCCAGCGCCUCGGAGUCAAUCCGGAGCGUGAUCGGAAGGCGGCACGAGGAGGACUCAAGGGAACGUCGUCGGCCUGAACAUACCACACUCCGCCCACAGCUUCAGAACUGAAAGCUUUGCAGGACACCAAAGGCAAGAGGCGGAAACGUGUGUGCUGUGAACUUUCUGGGCCGCUGCGUUGGCUGUGCACGCAAGGAGCCUUCCUGCCGGAGGGUCCUGCUCCGGAGAAUUUGGAGACCAAACCUUGAGGAGCAGCGACACAGAUACCCAGUAGAUGUGGUCAGCUUGCCCAGGGCUGAGAGCGCGCGAUGGCUCCCGUCGGGGAGGUCACAGACAGCUGCCACGCCGGCUCGCUUCUGCUCCAGCUGAACGAGCAGCGCCUGAGAGGUCAGUUCUGCGACAUCACUGUCAUCGCCGAGGAGACCAAGUUCCAGGCCCACAAGAACGUCCUCGCGGCCUCCAGCCUGUACUUCAAGGAGGUGCUCUUGGAGGAGCCGGCCUGUCGCCAGGCCAGCCAGAUCCUGGAGCUUCCCGGCAUCCCGGCCGAAGUCUUCUCCGACAUCCUCAACUUCAUCUACAGCUCCCACCUGCCGGUCCCCAGCCUGGCUGCCGCGAAGGAGCUCGGGGCCGCCGGCCGCCGCCUGGGCAUCUCCCGCCUGGAGAAUCUGGAUGAACUGCCCCUCGAGGCCGAGAUGGACGACUCCAGCGUGGCUUCCUCCAGGCUGUGCAGCUCGCCGAUCGACCUCACCUGCCCUUCCCGCUCGACCGAGCCCUCCAGCCCGCUCUGCUUCCAGGACUUGGCCAAAGCACCCACGCCCCUGCAGGACACGCGCCCCGACACGGAGACGGAGACGGCCAAGAUCCUCUACAACCUCAGCUCGGUGGCCCCGGUGCCGCCUCCGCCACCCUCCGACCUGGCGUUCAUGCUGAAGGGAAGCGUCAGCUGGGACCGCGACAGUCCCCACGGCAACCCCUCCGUGACCCCCGGCAACGAGGAGGCGGCCCAGGCGCCGGCCUCCUCCUGUGCCUCCCCGUCGGGGCCUUCCUUCCCCGCGAGUAGCACUUUCUGCUGCGGCAGCUGCGGCCGCUCCUUCUCCACGUCUUCUGCCCUGAGCCUCCACAUGAAGCUCCACCGGACGCGGCGCUCGCUGUCCUGCCGGCACUGCGGGAAGAGCUUCAUCCACAUCAAGCGGCUGCAGACGCACGAGGUCGUCUGCAAGGACGCGGAGAAGCCCGAGGAGGGGGCCCUGGCGGGCGAGGCCCUGCCCAGCCCCGUGCUGCCGCCCAAGCCGGCGGCCGUGCCCGCCGCCUCCAAGAAGGGCGUGCCGUUCCGCCACCGGGCCCUGCCCCGCGUGGAGUACCUCUCCGAGCAGGACCACUUCGUCAAGGUGGUGGACGGGCACAUCAUCUACUUCUGCACCGUCUGCGAGCGGUCCUACAUGACGCUCUCGAGCCUGAAGCGCCACUCCAACGUGCACUCGUGGCGGCGGAAGUACCCGUGCCGCUACUGCGACAAGGUCUUCGCGCUGGCCGAGUACCGCACCAAGCACGAGGUCUGGCACACGGGGGAGAGGCGCUACCAGUGCAUCUUCUGCUGGGAGACCUUCGUCACCUACUACAACCUGAAGACCCACCAGAAGGCCUUCCACGGGAUCAACCCUGGGCUCAUCUCCUCCGAGAAGACGCCCAAUGGCGGGUACAAGCCGAAGCUCAACGCGCUGAAGCUCUACCGGCUCCUGCCCAUGCGCUCCCAGAAGAGGCCCUACAAGACCUACAGCCAGGGGCUGGUGCCGGACAGCCUCCUGCUCCCCGCCCGGCCGAUGCCCAUGGCGCUGGGGGACGGCGACUCCUUGGACGGGAAGCUGGUCUCCUCCCUGGGCACCGGCGACGUCGCCUCUGUCUUCGCCCCCGGCGGCGGCGGCUCCCUAGACUUGCCAGAGGCUGAACCGUUCCAGCGGCAAGAGCCCGCCGGCGCCUCGGAAAGGCCGCCGCUCCCGCCGGCGGACAAGAAGGCGGCCCCGGACAAGCGGCUCGGGCCGCUGAACCCGGCGGAGGUGCCCUCCGUCAUCGCCUACGGGCGCCCGGCCUCUUCCGUGAUCGUCCACAGCACGUCGGUGAAGUCGCAGCCCCCCUCGGUGAUCACGUACAACAGCAAGUCGUCCGAGGCGCCCCCGGACACGGGGGGCCCCCCUCCAGUGCCUCUGCUGCCCCCCGCGGCGGCCAAGCCCCUCAAGAAGCAGGUGCUGAAGGAAUACAUCCAGGCGCAGAAAGCGGAGGAGGCGGCCCUGGAGGAGGGGGCGGGCGACCACGGCCCCCGGGCCAGGGGCCUGCGGGCCGGGCGGACCAUGACCUACAUGGCCAAGCCGGCCUACGUGGGUGCGGCCUCCGAGAGCCGGGGGGCCCCCCUCUGCCAGAUCACCGUGCGCAUCGGGGAGGAGGCCAUCGUCAAGCGGCGCAUCUCCGAGACGGACCUCAUGCUGGACAAGGGCAGCCGCCUGGCGGGGCGGCGCUUCGACCUGGGCAGGGAGCACGGCGGGGAGAAGCUGCGGCCGCUGGGGCCCGCGCACCACGGGAAGCACGCGGACAGGGGCUACGCCAACGAGAGCGGCGAGGAGGACAGCGACCGCGAGGACCAGCUCUGGCGCCCCUACUACAGCUACAAGCCCAAGCGGAAGGCGUGUGGUGGCAGCGGCGGCGCCACGCCGAGGGUGAAGAAGGCUCGGUGGCGGCGGAAGCUGCGCUCCAUGCGCUGGGUGAAGCGGGCAGAGAAGGCGGAGGAGGAGGAGGAGGAGGCGGCGGCGGCCACGGCGGCGGAGGAGGAGGCUGGUGAGAGGACCGGCGUGCCGGCAGAGGCGGAGGCGCCCGGAGGCCUGGAGGGCGGUGCCUCCGAGGGCGAGGGGACCGACCUGCCCCCCAAACCGGGGGCCGGGCGCGGCUCGGAGUGGAAGCACGAGUGCGGCGCCUGUGGGAAACUCUUCUCCGCGCUCAAGAAACUGAGGAAGCACGAGCGCGUGCACGGGCGUGCCGGCAGGGACGACCCCUCCCUGGCCCCCUUGCCGGUGGCUCCCCACCGCGUGGGCCGCAAGCCUCUGCUCAAGUUCGCCUGCACCCACUGUGCCAAGGUCUGCAAGACGGCCGCGGCCCUGAGCCGCCACAUGAAGCGGCACGAGGGCCAGCAGCCGGAGCAGUCGCCCCUGCCGGCGCUCACCACGGUCAUCGCCUACUCCAAGAGGAGCGCGGAGGCGCCCCCGCCAGCGCCGCCCCCGGCCGUCAAGGAGGAGACCACGCAGGAGAUGCAGGUGUCGUCCUCCAGCGGGGAGGCGCCCGUGGCCCUGCAGGACGCCGCGGGGGCGGGGCCCGUGGCCAGGGAAGCGGGGCCCUACGAAGGCCGCCCUCUGGCGCCGGUGCCCGCCGAGGAGGACCCAGCCCUGCUGGGCAGGAGCAAGUCCCCCUUCCCGGAGGAGGUUGCCGCCCACCCCUCGCCGCCCACGGGGGGCGCCACCAGCCUUGCCCAGGGGCCCCCCGGCCUGCCGCACUCCCUCCAGGACCCCGUCAUCUCGCACACCGGCCUGGCCCAGAAAGAGGUCCUGGUGCCUCGGGACGUGGAAGAGGAGCCGUACCCCGUGCAGGAGUACCCCCUGCCACUGCUGGUGCCGGGCAGCUGUCGGACCAGGAAGGACCUGGAGGAGAAGCCCCCGUUCCUCGCCUACCCCAGCGCGAUCCAGUUCAACGCCAUGGGCAAGGCGGGGGGCAGCGACGGGGACGGCAAGGUGAGCUUCUACCAGGAUCCGUACCCGCUCAUGUACGGCCACCAGCUCCUGGCCGCCUACCCGUACAACUUCACGCUGCCGGUCGCUUUGAACAUGGUGGUGCCGGACGACAAGGGGCAACCCCUGCCCUUCCUGCCCAGCGUCUUCAGCUACGCCAUGAACCCCUGCCGGAGUGAGGCGCAUGACGGGGGGGCCGCCUCCAACGGGGGCCUGGCCAUGGGAGGCGGCCCGGCCCGCGAGGGCAGAGGCGACGGGGCCUCGGCGGAGAGGCUGAAGAAAGGGACCCUUCUGUGAGGGACGCAGGGAGGCUGGUGUGGGGGGAGG